AGUUAAGCAAGGACUAAUAUUGUUAGCAUACAUUUAAUACUGUCCAGUUUAACUUUUUAAAAGUAUUCCAAUUCAUAAUGGUGUACUACUUCACAGCCAAGCCUGAAUCUUCAGAUGAAGUUAAUGACUUUGCUGCAGAUUUCCUGAGCAAUGAUGACGAGACCCAGAACCAUAUAAUCUAUAUGGGUAAAGAUAAAAUUGAGAAUGACCCUUUGAUAAAGCAUUCAAACCCUAAAAAUAUAUGGUUUCAUGUAGAUAAUUACUCAUCUGCUCAUUUAUAUUUGCAACUUACUAAAGAACAAAUCGUGACUUUUAAAUCCUUUGACUCAUUCAAUAUAGAUCCAAGUAUUCUUACUCAAAUAGCGCAAUUAACUAAAGCUAAUUCCAUUAAAGCUAAUAAAUUGAAUAAUAUAACCAUAAUUUAUACUCCAGUGGAGAAUUUACAUACUGAUGGUUCAAUGGAUAUUGGAACUGUUACUUUUAAAAAUCCCAAACAAGUUAAACGAAUUAAAGUUACUAAACGGGAAAAUGCUAUAAUUAAUAAAUUAAAUAAGACUAAGUAUGAGAUACCUACUGAACAAUUUAAACAAGAACAAGAACAAUUAUCAAGAGAUAUUGCUUCAGAAAGAAAAAGACAAGAACGUGAACAAGAAGCUUUAAAUAAAUUGUAUGAUGAGCAACGUAAGACUAAAAAUGAUCCUUAUGCUGACUUGUUCACGGAAGAAAAUUUGCAUAAUAGUAGUAAUGAAUUCAGAAAUGAAAAUUGGAUUGAAGAUGAUUUUAUGUAGAGUAGAAUAUUAGGUGGGCA